AUGGCAGGCCGGUUUGUGCGAGCUUCCAAGUAUCGCCACGUCUUUGGCAAGGGCACCAAGAAGGAGCAAUGCUAUGACAACCUUCGCAUCUCCAAGAACGCCUGGGACACAAACCUGAUCAAGGCCAACCCCGAAUACAUCUCCGUCAACUGGGAAGCCAGCGGUGGCGGCGCCUUUGCUGUCAUUCCCAUCAAUGAGCGCGGCCGAGCUCCCGACCAGCUUCCUCUCUUCCGCGGCCACACUGCUGCCGUCCUCGACACCGACUGGUCCCCCUUCAACGAUUCGCUCAUCUCUUCGGCCUCUGACGACGGCAAAGUCGGCAUCUGGAAGGUGCCCGAAAACUUUACCCUGUGGACUGAUGCUGAUGAGCCAGCUGAUGUCGCUCCUGUCGCGAAGCUGAGCGGCCAUAUGAGGAAGGUUGGCCAUGUCCUCUUCAACACCGCCGCCGAGAACGUCCUCGCCAGUGCAUCUGGCGACUACACCGUAAAGCUCUGGGACGUCGAGGCCGGUCUGCCGCAACUCACGCUCAAGCACAACGACAUUGUCCAAUCGCUGUCAUGGAGUGCCGACGGAUCCCUCCUUGUCACCACGAGCCGCGACAAGAAGCUGCGCGUGUGGGAUGUGCGACAGGAGAAGCCCGCCCAGGAAGUUCCUGGCCACCCUGGUGCGAAGAACAGCCGCGCUGUAUGGAUGGGUGAGACCGACCGCAUUGCGACCACUGGUUUCUCUCGCAUGAGCGACCGUCAGCUUGGCCUCUGGGAUCCGCGCAACCCCAAGGAACCCAUUGGUGGCUUCCAGAUUCUCGACUCCAUCUCGGGUGUAUGCAUGCCCUUCUGGGACGACGGUACACAGUGCUUGUACCUUGCUGGCAAGGGUGACGGCAACAUCCGAUACUACGAAUACGAGAACGACAAGUUCGAGUACCUCUCCGAAUACAAAUCUGGCGACCCGCAGCGCGGUAUCGCCUUCCUUCCCAAGCGAGGUAUCAACCUGCACGAGAACGAGGUCCUUCGCUGCUUCAAGACCGUUAAUGAUGCCUACGUCGAGCCCGUAUCCUUCAUCGUACCCCGCCGCUCCGAGAUGUUCCAGAGUGACAUCUACCCUCCCACAACUGGCCUCAAGCCUGGUGUCUCAGCAGCGGAGUGGUUUGGCGGUAAGACCGCAGCGCCUCCCAAAAUCUCACUCGAGAGCGUGUAUGAGGGUGAGGCCCCCAAGGAGGUGGAGAACGACUACAAGCCCUCCCAGCCGGCAACUAGUCAGCCCUCACCCGUCAAGACUGAGGCGCCCAAGCCCGCGCCAGAGCCUACGCCUACACCUAUAGCUAUCCGUGGACCCCCACCUUCUAUGAAGGACAACAAGGACUCUAUGGCGUCGGCAGCUUCCAAGUUCGCAGACAAGGACGAGACUUCAGACAACGAGAGCGCAUCGAGCUUUGAGGAAAUCCCGAAGCCAGCGGAGCGCCGUACUUUCACCGCUGCCCGUCAGGAAGAGAAGACCAAGGGUCCGACCAUCACCAAGGAGCCCGAGAGCGCAAAGACCACCCCGACACCCACCCCUGCGCCUUCGCAGGCCAGGUCUGCCCCACCCGCCGAAUCUACUUCCACACCCGCCGCAUCUGCGCCGACCUCCACACCCAGCACCGGUGGCCCUGCCUCUGCCCUUCGCGAUGCGCUAGGCGAUAUCAAGUCCCAGCUUGAGCAGCAAAACAGGGUCAUGUCGGACCAAUCUGAUCAGAUCGCACUUCUGCUGCGUGAAGUCUCGACACUCAAGGCCAAGGUUGCAACUUCAGAACCUUCGGACCGCGAAAAGGAUGAGCGUAUCAGACAGUUGGAGCUCGAGCUUGAGGAAGCUAGAAAGCUGAAUUGGGACUACCUGGAUUUGAUCACACAUCAAGGUGUUGUCAAGAACACGUCGUUUGGAUAA